GGAAGAAGGCAGAUGGUCUGCGCCGGCAGCAGACUCGCGCCGCGCACGCCUCUCCCCGUUGUCCCCGUCGCCUGCGCUGCUGCACCAUGAGCGCCCCGAGGCAAGUGGUCAACUUCGGGCCCGGGCCUGCCAAACUGCCGCGCUCGGUAUUGUUAGAGAUACAAAAAGAACUAUUAGACUACAAAGGAAUUGGGAUUAGUGUUCUUGAAAUGAGCCACAGGUCAUCAGAUUUUGCCAAGAUUAUUAACAACACAGAGAAUCUUGUGCGGGAAUUGUUAGCCGUUCCAGACAACUACAAGGUGAUUUUUGUGCAAGGAGGUGGGUCUGGCCAGUUCAGUGCUGUCCCCUUAAACCUGAUUGGCUGGAAAGCAGGAAGGUGUGCCGACUAUGUGGUGACAGGAUCUUGGUCAGCCAAGGCUGCAGAAGAAGCCAAGAAGUUUGGGACUGUGAAUAUCGUCCACCCCAAACUUGGGAGUUACACGAAAAUUCCAGAUCCAAGCACCUGGAACCUCAGCCCGGACGCUUCCUAUGUGUAUUACUGCGCCAACGAGACCGUGCACGGAGUGGAGUUUGACUUCAUCCCUGACGUCAAGGGAGCCGUGCUGGUUUGCGACAUGUCUUCAAACUUCCUAUCCAAGCCGGUGGAUGUUUCCAAGGUAGAGCGUAAAAGGGCCUGGUGGGGGAACCCCAGUGUCUUGGAUUUCGUAAGGGCAUUUUAAGAAAUACGAGAACAA